AUGACAACACAAUACUAUCCUGCUGCCACUCGGCCCCCAGGAAUUUCAGAGCUUAUCAAACGUCUCCAGAAAAACACGCUAGAUGCUCGCGAGUCGGAGGCCCUACGGGCGCUAUGCCAGACUGCUGUCAAGCAAGUCCUCAACGGAGCCAACAUUCCCACCUUUGCCUGGGAAGCCGCUCGGCUUGCUGAAGUUGUCCCAGAGCCCGAUUCUUGGGAGACCGAUAUCAGGUCGAAUACGCAGCAAUUUUCGGCCAUUGAAUGGGGCCCAGUGUUUGAUGCCCUGGUGAUGGCUUUGCACACCACCGAUACAUUCUACCCCAAGCUUCUGCGACUGCCCAUCGACCGCCAACCGUACUUUGACAGUCUCGUUCGGCAUGGUCUGGUGCACCGCUGGGCCUUGUAUUUCCGAAGAGAUAGUAGGCCAGUAUUUGUCUGCAGGUUUGGUAUCUAA